AGUGAAAGUGAAAGAGAAGUCGGCUACGGAGAGGACAGAAAAGAAACCUACAGGCGUUCCCAGCACCAGUGCGGACAGCCCCUCUUCUCCAGCCCAGGCCUCCGAGCAGGGUGGGAUUGUGGAGAAGGGCGUGCGGGAGGCGGAGAGCGGCGCCCAUGGGCUCGGAGGAGGGGUGGUGCCUGCUGCUGUGCCUGGCUCUGUCUGCAGCGGCAGAAACCGAGCCCGGCGCAGCAGAAAGGCAGUGGCGGCCGGUGGAUGUGGUCCUGGACUGCUUCCUGGCAGGGGAAGGUGGGCACCGUGGGGCUCUUGCCAGCAGUGAGGACAGGGUGAAGGCCUUGCUUGUGCUGAGGCAGGUGCCAGUGUUGGACGACGGCUCCCUGAAAGACUUCACUGAUUUCCAAGGGGGCACACUGGCCAGAGAUGACCCACCUGUCAUCUUCGAGGCCUCAGUGGACCUGAUCCAGAUGCCCCAGGCCGAGGCCCUGCUCCACGCUGACUGCGGUGGGAAAGAGGUGACCUGCGAGAUCUCCCGCUACUUUCUCCAGGCCAGGGAGGCCACUGCGGAGACAGCAACUUGGUUCAUCACCAACAUGCAGGUCUCUGGAGGGGGACCUAGCGUCUCUGUGGUGAUGAAGACUGUCAGCGAUGCAGACGGUGGGGCUGUCAGGCACCCCACGCUGAACCUGCCUCUGAGCCCCCAGGGAACUGUGCAGACUGCAGUGGAGUUCCAGGUGACAACACCAACCCAAUCCCUGACUUACCUGCUGGGGUCCUCAGCCUCCCUGGACUGUGGCUUCUCCAUGGCUCCAGGCUUGGACCUCACCAGUGUGGAGUGGCGGCUGCAGCACAAGGGCAGUGGCCAGCUGGUGUACAGCUGGACCACAGGGCGGGGGCAGGCUGAGCGAGAGGGCGCCACACUGGAGCCUGAGCAGCUACACGUGGCUGGGGACGCUUCCCUCACCCUACCCAGCCUCACACUAAAGGAUGAGGGGACCUACAUUUGCCAGAUCACCACCUCACUGUACCGAGCUCAACAAAUCAUCCAGCUCAACAUCCAAGCUCCCCCGAAAGUACGACUGAGCUUGGCAAACGAGCCUCUGCCACCCACGCUCAUCUGCAACGUUGCGGGCUACUACCCUCUGGACAUGGCGGUGACGUGGACCCGCGAGGAGCCAGGCGGAUCCCCAGUCGCAGUCUCUGGUGCCUCCUUCUCCAACCUCAGGCAAAGCGCGGCCGGCACCUAUAGCAUUUCCUCCUCCCUGACGGCAGCACCUGGCCCUGCAGGUGCCACCUACACCUGCCAGGUCACCCACAUCUCCCUGAAGGAGCCCCUUGUGGCCAGCACCUGGGUUGUCCCACCAGGUACUGGGAAUGUCCUCCUUUCUCCACUUCCACACUUGGGCUCAUGGCUGUCCUGCCCCCAGUGCAUCUUUGGCCUUGUUCUCCUGCCCACACGCUUUGUUCACGGCCCAAGCUUCACACUCCUGCCUGUGCUCCUGGCUUUGUCUUUCCCAAGGUGGCAGCCACCACAGCCUCCACCACACAUCCCCUGAGACUUCAUUACACCCUAGUCUCCGUGGUGCCAGGCCACAUGCUUGAUUCCCAAGCCUGCCCUCUAGGAGCUUAGUCCAAUACGGAGACAAGACUAGGUGGGCAUGGAAGAUGAACUAGAGGAGACUUUUGAGCCAAGUUAACUAGCUUAGAGGGAAAGGAACACUCAAGAUGGAAAAAAUGGCAUGUGUGAAGGCCAAAUAUAAAACAGCCUAAAGAGAAUUUGGGGAACUGCAAGGAGUCCAGCACCGCUAGAGCCAAGGGCACAUGGAAAAAGCGGGAAAUGGCUCUGAGGCUUCAGGGAUAAUUAUAUUUAUUGAGCAUUUACAUGAAUCAAGUGGUGUGCUAUGCACUUAGCUGUAUGACUGCAUAUAUUACAACUCCCGUCUUAUAGAUGUGUGAACUGGCACUUGCAGGCAUCAAAUAAUUUGCCCAAGGUUACCUACCAAUCAAUGGCAAAGAGAGAAUGUGAAAACAGGCAGCCUGAUUCCUCCUACUACACCCUAUAGAUCUCCAUGGGCCUUCAAGCUGGAACUUAAUCCUGAAAGCCAUAAAAUGUUGUUGAAAGGUCUGAAACAACCUGCACCUUGAAAUGCAAACAUCCAGGAGCACUGGGCAUGAUUUGGUCGCUCACUAGACUGUGAGCUUCCCCCAAACUGGGCUUUUGUCUCAGCUCAUAUUAUUCCCCAACUAUUUACAAAAUCCCAGUUUAGCUGUCAACAACUAAUCUAGGCUGGGUGUGGUGGCUCAUGCCUGUAAUCCUAGCUCUCUGGGAGGCCGAGGCGGGCAGAUUGCUCAAGGUCAA